ACAAAAAUAAUCAGAAAGGGCAACGUAAGUUAGAUGCCAAGAAAAAGACGAAUUGAAAACUGCUAUGGACAUUCCAGUUGUGAGGAGGCGAGUAAGGAGGAUGGAGCGUACUACGUUGCUGUUACUACUUGCCUUGUUUAUUGCCGCAGAGGCCAGCGCCAUUAUAUAUCCCGGCCAGCUGGACCACACUGAAGGGGAUGAGUGUCCUAUUGACUCCGGCAGAACAGGCACAUGUUCCCGGUCAUGUGGAAACUUCCUCCGCCAGGAGCAGCCUCCCAGAUGUGGCAUCAAAGAUUCUGCUUUCCUCGUCUGUUGUGACAAAAUACAAAUUCACAGUUCCCUGCCAAUCACUGACGUAGCUCCUCCUGCAGUAACUUUCGAAUGUGGAAGAAAUGCAAGAAAUAUGUUGACGUUAUCAUUCAGCUACGUGGGUGAGAAGAAAAUUUAUGUCGAACUUGAAGAUUACGAUCCCAUUAAAAGUUACACUGAGAAGACAAUACUGGAAAAUGGUACAGAGAUUGUGACGGAAUACGAGGUUGGAGGCGUAGGGGGUGAGAUGGCAGAGAAAAACGCGUGGCCUUGGAUGGCCCUGGUUGGUGAGCGGAACGGUCACGGCAUAAAUUGGUUCUGUGGGGGGGUGCUGAUCAACGAACAGUGGGUUCUCUCUGCCCUACACUGCUUCUUAUACAAGAAGGCUGAGACUGUUCGUCUUGGUGAACAUAACUAUAAAGACGACAACGACGGGGCACUUCACCAAGACUUUGACGUAGUAGAGACAGUUAAUUAUCCUGGGUAUGCUUAUCCGGAGGCAUACCAUGACCUGGCCUUGCUUAAAUUGUCUUCGAGGGUGCAUAUACAGGAGUUCAUCAGCCCUGUGUGUCUCCCAUGGGCAGCGGAGAGCGAGGUGGAUAUCACAGGACACCCAGCUACACUCACUGGCUAUGGCGAUACUGAAUUUCAAGGAAUACCAACCUCCUACUUGCAGGAAAUCAACAUGACAGUGUUUCCAUCGGUCCAGUGUGACCGCAGCUACUCUAAUUUGCUCCAAUAUGCAAACACCUGGCCUAAGGGCAUCGGACAGGAGACACUGUGUGCUGGAGAUCCUAAUGGAGGACGAGACGCUUGCCAGGGUGACUCUGGUGGACCCCUCGUGACUCAAGACGCCCAAGGACGUUUCGUGCUGGCGGGAAUCGUGUCACGAGGAUACGGCUGUGGCCACAAGGAUUACCCAGGAUUGUACGUAAACAUACGCCACAAGCCCUACCUCACCUGGAUAAAAGAGAUAGCGUUCACUUCCUUAUGAGGAUUAUCUGAGAGAAUCAUGAACGCGAGACAUCCAGGAGAUGGUUGUAAAUGAAUCAUAAAUUAAAUUGAGUGAUAUUAAAAAAGAUAAAGACUCCA